UUACUGGUUUGUAUCAAUAAAUUUCAAAUCUCCCGACAGUAUUAUAACCUUUUUACCUUUCGGCUUUCGGUUCAUUCAUAGCAUGAAAUUACGAAUUGUGGUUAGUGUGUGGGUUUAUGCAGUGUUGAGUAUGUGCCCUGGUAGUUAAUUCUUUAACUAAGUGAACAGUGAACAUUCAUAAUUGGAAUUGUAUUCGAAUUGUAAGCUUUUCUCCAUUCAAUCAGCUAGUGAUGGGUCGACAUCCUAGCCAUGGAGCCCCUUCUUUUCGCUUCUACCCUGCUGAGGUUGCACAAAUGGAAACUAUUAUACGAGAGCAUGCUGGUUGCGUGCCACCUAGGGAGUUUCUUCUGUCUCUUGCUGAAAAAUUCAGCAACUCACCAGAACGAUCUGGAAAAAGCACAAUACACAUGAAGCAGGUCUGGAACUGGUUCCAAAAUAGGCGUUAUGCUCUUAGGUCAAAAUUGGUGAAGUCUCCAGGAAAUUCAUAUAUGCCACCAAAUCCUCAAAGUGGAGUUGCUCAGGUGAGGAGUGUACCUCCUGUUCCACAGCAGACACCUGUAUCAUCAGGUCAUAAUGUGGUAAGAAAUGCAUCUGAAAAUCCUCCAAUGGAAUUUGAAGCCAAAUCUGCUAGAGAUGGUGCAUGGUAUGAUGUUCAAGAAUUUCUUUCUCAUAGAUACCUUGAGACUGGUAAUCCUGAAGUUCUAGUUCGUUUCGCUGGAUUUGGGCAUGAAGAGGAUGAAUGGGUUAAUGUUCGCAAACAUGUCAGACAGCGGUCUCUUCCAUGUGAAUCAUCAGAGUGUAUUGUAGUCCUUCCUGGGGAUCUUAUACUUUGCUUUCAGGAAGGUAAAGAGCAGGCUCUUUACUUUGAUGCUCAUGUCCUUGAUGCUCAAAGGAGGAGACAUGAUGUAAGAGGCUGCCGUUGUAGAUUUUUGGUUCGUUAUGAUCAUGAUCAGUCUGAGGAAAUUGUGCCUUUAAGAAAAGUCUGUCGUCGACCAGAGACUGAUUACAGGUUGCAGCAGCUUCAUCCUACAAAUGAAUCGACAUUUGCAUCUGUUGCAGGAGACUCAAAAGAGCCCACAGUUGACGCUGUUCCCAGCAACAUGUCGAGGGUGACUGGUGUGCAUCCCAGUGUUGCUAUGACAUUUCCUUCUUCAACAAUUAUGAAUGCUGACGCUGGUGUUGCACAUACAGUUCCAGCUGAAAGUCCGACUCCAUCUUCAACUCUGUUUUCUGCUGCAAAUCCGUCGUCAUCUACGACUCCAAUAACUAUUCCAACUCCAUCUUCAUCUACGACUCCAGUAUCUGUUCCCACUCCAUUGCCAUCUUCGACUCAUUUAUCUACUCCGAUUCCGUCUUUUACUUCUAUUUCUUCUACAACUCCAUCUUUGACCCCAAUUUCUGGUCCAACUCCAUCUUUAUCAGCAAAUGCUUCUUUGAAUCCCUCUCUGCUUCCAAAUUUUGCUACUACUUCAUCACCAAUUUCAACUCAUAAUUCUGGUCCAACCCCAGUUUCUGCUCCAACUCAAUCUCCAACUCUCAUGUCUGCCGCGACUCCUCCAGGUCCAGUUUCAAUUCAAUCUUCUACUCUGGUGGAAGCUUCUGAAUCGAUAAAGGUCGAGAGUGAUAAACCAGAUAUUUCAGCAGGUGAAGCAUCCGCGCAGAAAAACAUUAUUAGUCCUGGUACUCCGAGCAUACUGGUGGAGGUCAAGAAGGAAGAUAGCAGUAUACCGUCAACUUUUACGGUGACAGGAAGCAACAAUUCCCAGGGAGAAAUGAGUGAUAACCCAACAGUAACAGUUCCUGCACUGCAUGAACCUAUAACAGGAGUCCGCGCAGCAAUGGAAGGUGGUUCUAUUGUCUCAACAGGGAUCGAGAGCUCUAAUCUGACUACAUCAGCUGUCGAUAACAAGGAAGAAACAGGAUCACGGGCAGUUGUAGAAUAGAAUAAACUAGCUCUUUAACCUUUUCGUAGAUUAUUAUCAAGUCUUUGAAACUUGUGUCUGGGAAGCAAGCCAUAUUUCAUAGUAGUAGCGCCUGUCCGACUGUCCAUGACUUGAUUAGCAACUUAUAUUAUUCGCUAUAGUUAAUUUUUUGGUAAUUCUGUUAUUAGAGUUUAUUAUCACAGAAAUUUAUAUGAAUGUAUUAAACAACAUCAUCAUCAUACCCAGUGUAUUCCGCUCAUAAAAACUAUGAUCAGGAUCUAGAGAAGGAUGGAAGACGGCAAACCAUAUUAAGAUCUAAGAGGGAUGAUCUGUUUCUGGUGCUACUGCGUGAUGUCUGAUAUUUGCUAGUGAUCCUAUACUUGGUGUGCUUACAAUCUGAUGAGGACUACUGAUCCAAAUGAGCUAUGCUGUUGGUGUUGCUUAGGUCUCCGGGUGCUGCUGCCUCAGCCUAAGUUGAUGCACAUCAGUUUGUCUUAAUUAACUGUUCCACAUAUGAUUCCACCCUCAUUUAUGUUCCUAACAAGCUGAGAGGACUUUUAAAUAGGAAAGGUUGAUUAAUUAUUUAAAAAUUAACUUAAAAAAUGAUUUAGAUAAUAUUUUUUUUCUUUAAAUAGUUAAUUAUAUUUAAAAUCAAAUUAAUUUAGUUAGUUGACUAAAAUAAUUUUUCUUAAAUAUCAAUUUCAACAGAAUUUGCAAAAAACAUAUUCUCCUUAUCAACGUUGCGGAAUGCUAUCAUAUGAAAUAUUUCUUGUUUUAAAGUCCAUUCCAUGCUGCUAACUUUACAACUUCCCAGAAACAUACAACUUAGAGUUGUAUACUAUUCAAUUUUUGCUUAUAAGUGUGCAAAAUGUUAACAUUAUCCUGCCUACUACCAAACGCACACCCCAUUAACUUACACUCUAAAAUCAAGCAAUGAGAUUUAGACUCUAAAAUAUUCUCAUUCGCUGAAACAC